UUCCUCUUGGCCUAUCUCACUUCUUGAAACACUCUAAAGAGGGAUGCUUAUCUUGAUGGAGCUUGAAAAGCCCUCUGAGGGGGGCAGGGGAAGGCAGAAAGCUUGACUGUGUUGGGGAAGCAAGAACAGCAGUACUCCAGACUUAGACGCAUAGAACUGUGUCCUCCAGGUUACUAGGAGACCAGGGAUAUGUGGCUGAAGCUGAUGGUCCUGUAACAGGCCCUUUUUUGAGAAGAGUCUCCAAGAGAGCAUCACACUGGAAGGAAAGAGUGAGUUGUGAGUACUUGACUGCUGCUACAUGCAGACUUCUGGGCAGAUGUCGGGCACAAGCUAGGCCCACCAGCCCAUACAUAUCCCACUGACAAGCCUGUCAGGAGAAGCUUCUCGGAGACAGCAUGAAACCUGACAAUACCACAACUGCGUUGUGGUUGAAGAUCACCUACAUCUCCAUGGAGGUUGUCAUCGGGCUCUGUGCUGUAGUGGGCAACAUGCUGGUCAUCUGGGUGGUCAAGCUGAACCCCAGUCUCAGGACCACCACCUUCUACUUCAUAGUCUCCCUAGCACUGGCUGACAUUGCUGUUGGGGUGCUGGUCAUGCCUUUGGCCAUUGCUGUCAGCCUGGAAGUGGAGAUGCACUUCUAUGCCUGCCUUUUCAUGUCCUGCGUGCUCCUGAUCUUCACCCACGCCUCCAUCAUGUCCUUGCUGGCCAUUGCCGUAGACCGAUACCUGCGGGUCAAGCUGACAGUCAGAUAUAGGACGGUCACUACUCAAAGAAGAAUAUGGCUAUCCCUGGGCCUUUGCUGGCUAGUAUCCUUCCUGGUUGGACUGACCCCCAUGUUUGGCUGGAAUAAAAAAAAGACCUCAGGGCUCUCCCCAAAUGCUACCACCCUUUCAUGCCAUUUUCGUUCGGUCGUGCGCCUGGAUUACAUGGUCUUCUUCAGUUUCAUCACCUGGAUCCUCGUCCCCCUCAUUGCCAUGUGCAUCAUCUACCUGGACAUCUUCUACAUCCUCCGUAACAAACUCAGUCAGAACUUGUCUGGCUUCAGAGAGACACGUGCAUUUUACGGACGGGAGUUCAAGACAGCAAAGUCCCUGUUUCUGGUUCUCUUCUUGUUUGCUUUGUGUUGGUUGCCUUUGUCCAUCAUCAACUUGGUGUCCUACUUUAAAGUCGACAUUCCAGAGCCUGCAAUGUGCCUGGGGAUCCUGUUGUCCCAUGCGAACUCCAUGAUGAACCCUAUUGUCUACGCCUGCAAAAUAAAAAAGUUCAAGGAAACCUACUUUGUGAUCCUCAAAGCUUGUAGGGUCUGUCAGACCUCAGUUUCCUUGGACUCAAAUAUGGAACAGACUACUGACUAGCUACCAUGACACAUAGAGAUAUCUCACCAGUGCUCAUGUUUAGCACCAGCAAACACCAUAGGCCUUAUCAGACUUUCUUGUUUCCUUCCACUACAGCGGGAUCAUCUGACUAGUGGCCAUAAAGUUUCACUCCUCCUUUUUUCUGUUUCAGUUAUUUUCUUCCUCUUCUCUAAUUCAAUUCUGUGGAAGCCUGACAGGAAGACAAUGCAUUACCGAUGAUCACGGGCUCUGCUUCCUUCCCAGACACAAGAAGUAGUAGAGUCUGGAGGGAGUCUCGUCUUACCAAGGAAAGAUUCUAACUGGGCUUGAUGUACACAAUCUGCUUUGAAAGAUUCCUAAGACAUUGAGAACAGGAGUGAGCUGAGUUUGAAGAGGGCUUAAACUGCUAAGUUCACUUGUGUGGGUGCAUUUAAGCAAAUAAAAGAUGGUGGCCAAUUGUGCAGUUCUUGGUUGGGAUCACUUGGGGCUUGGAGCCACAGUUAACUGCUCUCAGCGUUGGUCCUGCUUGCUUCCUGGAACACUGUUCCAAGGUGCAGUCUCAGCAUUGCAGAUGAUAGUCCUCUCUGAGAGGUGGUCUGUUAUGCAAGCAAGGCUCUGACGUUCUUGGAAUCCAAGGCAACUGCAGGUUUAGGACCAUUGGAUAUCUUUAGCUGUGCUCUGUAAGUCCAGAACAUGACAUUUAAGAAAGCUGGGACUAAGAUGUUAGCUUUUAACUUUGUGGCUUCAGCCUGGAAGGAUUAGUAAAACAGAUUAGGUAUCUAAAACCUAUAAAAUGUACAAGAUUUUAUACAGCUACUCUGCAUUUCUUACUUUUCUGUUGCUGUAACAAAGUAUCAUGACCAAGACAACAUAUAAGAGUAAGAGUUUAUUUGGGCUUCUGGUUCCAGAGGGUUAGAGGCUGUGAUGGUGGGGAGUCAGCAUAGCAUCAAGAGCCAGGUGUGGUAAUAGGAGCAGGAUGCUGACUGACUGCAUCUCAGCCAUCAGCGGGAAGCAGAGAGAAUGAACUGGAAGUGGUACAAGGCUUUAAACUCUCAAAGUCUGCUGUCAGUGCCACACUUCUUUCAUCAAGGCUGAAUCUCUCCACAACCUCUCAAAGCAGUGUCACCGACUGAGGACCAAGUGUUUACAUGCCUGAGCCUAUGGGGUACAAUUCUAAUCCAAACCAUCACAUGCUCCUUGAGGAAUUAACAUGCCCAUAUGCAAAGGGAGACAGAUUGCUCAAAAGAUGUGGAUGAAAAAUGAAGGGGGAGUUGUCAGGCUUUCACUGGACUCCUAGUUACUUUGUGAACCCAAAUGAAGAAUCUGUUCUUUUUAGCAAAAUCAAUCUUUUAAGUGCCUGUUAUAAUUCUACUACUGAAUAUAAGGCAAAAAGAGCUGAUUAAAAGCUAUUGUCACUUUCUGUA